GAGGAGGAGGAGGAGGAGGAGGAGGUGGCAGCGGCAGCGCCCGCCCCGCCCCGCCCCGCCGCCGCCCUCCUCCCCUCCCUCAGCCGCGGGCCGCCCGGCCAUGUAGACGGGGCGGAGGAGCCCCCCAUCCCCCCCCCAGCCGCCAUGGAGGACGCGGUGCCGGGCGUGAACGCGGACGCGGAGGUGCGGAAGCUGCAGGAGCUGGUGAAGAAGCUGGAGAAGCAGAACGAGCAGCUCCGCAGCCGCCACGCCGCCCUGCCCGCCGGCCCCGCCAGCCCCAAGCGGCCCCCGGCCGGCAGCGGGGCCUCGCCGGCUCCCCCUUGCUCCUCGCCGCCGCCGCCGCCUGCUCUCCCGCCGGCCGACGGCCGCUGCCUCAGCCCCGGCCCCGGCUCCGGCUCCGUGUCCAGGGCCGCGGGGCGGCGGCCGCCCCCCGAGGAGCCCGGCGGGGAAGGCGACGGCCUGCUGGACGACGCGGCGCUGCUGCGGCCCGACGAGCUGGAGCGCCUGGCCGGCUGCGAGGAGGACGAGACCGGCUGGCUAUAUACGUCCCCAAAGAAGAGACUGACUCCAGUGCAAAAAUCUGUUAGUCCAUUAGUUUGGUGCAGGCAAGUGUUGGAUUACCCAAGUCCUGACAUUGAAAGUGCUAAAAAGUCACUGAUCCACAGGCUGGAACAGACGAUGUCAGCUUUGAAGAGACAGAAUUUGUACAGUAGCCCUUUCAGUGCGGUCAGUUACGCCAGCUCCUAUAGUCCAAAUACUAGUAGCCCCUACAGCAGUGGUUUCAACUCUCCCUCCUCAACACCAGUGAAAUCUGCUUUAGUAAAACAGUUCAUACCUCCUGGUACCUCAGGUCACCUUAAAAGCUCAGCAGAUAGGAAUCCUCCACUAAGUCCACAGUCCUCUUUGGACAGUGAAUUAAGUGCAUCAGAGAUGGAUGAGGACUCUAUUGGAUCUAAUUACAAGCUAAAUGAUGUAACAGAUGUGCAAAUUUUAGCACGAAUGCAGGAAGAAAGCCUCCGGCAAGAGUAUGCAGCAACUGCUUCGCGGCGUAGUUCUGGUUCUUCUUGCAAUUCUACGAGGCGAGGCACACUCAGUGAUCAGGAGCUUGAUGCACAGAGUUUAGAAGAUGAAGAAGAUGGCAUGCAUCACGCGGUGCACCCUGCUGUUAACAGGUUCUCACCAUCACCUCGUAGCUCUCCAUGGCCAUCACCAAAACAAUCUCCAAGGAAUUCACCUCGUUCCCGAUCGCCUGCUCGAAGUAUAGAGUACAGUAGAGUGUCGCCCCAGCCUAUGAUUAGCCGUUUACAGCAACCUCGUCUUUCACUUCAAGGCCAUCCUACAGAUUUGCAGACUAGUAAUGUCAAAAGUGAAGAAAAACUAAGGCGUAGUCUUCCAAACCUGUCCAGGACAUCUAAUAUCCAAGCUGAGUCUGUGAAAAACAGCAGAAGUGACUCAAACUUCCAAGUGCCAAAUGGAGGAAUACCUCGCAUUCAACCUCAAGCCUCAGCCAUACCUUCUUCAAGUAAAUUCCGCUCCCCUGCAGCACCAUCUCCCCUAGCUCUCCGACAACCGGUGAAAGCAUUUAGUAACCAUGGACCCAGUUCUGUUGCUUCUCCAGAAGCCACGCAGCUGACGCACAGCAGUUCUUCACCAGGGCCUCUUGGGGCUCAGAGUUCAGGCUUGCCAAGCCCUGCCAGCAGUAUUAACAGCACGACUCUUACCAGACCGGCAGGGACAGCAGGGAUGAGGAGUGGUUUACCCAGACCCAGUGCCCCUUCUGCAGGGGGCAUCCCAGUGCCUCGCAGCAAACUUGCACAGCCUGUUCGCAGAUCAUUACCCACUCCUAAAACCUAUGGUAACAUGAAAGACGAAAGUUGGAAAGACGGCUGCUAUUGAACUGCAAAGUGUAAUGCAAAGUUCCAGUGCUCAUGGAUGCUUCCUCACCAGACUAACAGACAGCUCGAUUAUACAGACUGUUCAGAUGUGACUUUUGGGAUUUGUAAAAAUUCCAGACCUCUCUGUCUCUAAUUAGCACAAACUGGCAGAGAUUAUAAAGCAGCACUUUAAUGACAUCUAACAUCAGAUGUUUGGUGAUCAUACAAUCACUUCCACAUUAAAUUGCUCUCAGUUCUGUUGUUGGUUUUCGUUUUUGUUUUUUUUUUGCUUGCUUGCUAAAAAUAUAUCAAUUUGAGCAUUUAUGACAGUGGCCAAUGUCUGGGCAAAAACCUAACGAAUGCCAAAGAAAUGCCCAUCUUGAAAAAGAGCAAGUAUAACAGUCAACUUAGAUUGUCCUAAACUUCAUUUUAAACUGUUUUAAAUCAGCAAAAUGAUUGGUGAAUAUGUACUAUUAAAACAAGACCACAUUAAUCAGAGUGGGUAUUCUGAUUGCAGACUGCUACAGUGCUAACAGAACAUUGCUUUUCACAAUUGUUUGAGAUUCUCGUUGGGGAAAGUGGUACGUACAUCCUUCAGAAAGAAUCAGAAGUUACUCUGGAGGCUUAGGUAGAACAGUAAAUAGUAGCCAUGGCUUUUAUUAACGUUGAAGGUUUGAAUGUAGCAGACGUACACAAACACAAUAGUAUAGAUUGCAUCUUUCCAACGUUGAUUUAUCAGCUUUACAUGCUCUUAUAUGUUUGAUUGCCAAAAGGGCUUCGUAUCAUCUGUACAAUCUUUCUAACCUUAACGUUUCUGGCUCAGGAAAGAUGGCCUUUGCUAUUGUAGCCACAUUUUUAACACAUGGCACGCUAUUUGGGGAAAACUUUUUUUUAUAGCAGGUUUCCUUGAAAAGGAAAGAGCAAGUAGUAAUGUUGCUUUGUUCGAAUACCAUACCACUAUGCUUGCAGCCUGGAACAAAACUGUAAAUGCUGGUAGUUACGGAGAAGGAAACACAACUAUGCACUUGUAACAUACAAAUUUUAAGGUAAUGAGUUGACUCUUGAUGCCAAAUGAUAUUCAUUUAGGUGAUGUUCCAUGGUAUGAGGGAGUUUUCUGUAUCCUAUUUUUUUACUUUCAUCCAUUUCUUAAAUUGGUUUAUUUUAAAUUGUAAAUAUUUUUACAGAAGAUAUUGCCCAUGUAAGUGUGUUUAAAUAUGUACUUUGCCUUACAUAUGUGUAUCUUACGUUACUGGUAACAGAGUAUGAAACCUGCUAUGUCUGUUUACAAGCUAUUAAAUUCCUCCAGUGGCUCUGACUUAUUCUAACACUCACAUUUUGCUCAAAGCAACUCAUUCAUACAAUUACCAUUUGAACCAUUGUUUUCUGUUCCGGAAGACAUCAUGCAAAAUUUUGUAACUAAAGUUGUAUUGGGUGGGACUAGUUAAAUGGAAGGGAUUUUGUUUGAAGCUUUUUCAGUAUUUUGGGUGUACAGUUGAUGAAGUAACAGAAUGUGAAUGGUAUCCUUUGUGCAAUGACUGACGAACACUACAGGUUGGAUUGGACGGUAGGUAGCCUUCAGCCCCGUUAGUAUCUGAGGUUGGAACUGCAGGUGUAUUUUGAUUCCCACCACCAUGAGGAUAACUAACCCUGAAAUUCUGGCACUUGAAUUUUAGGCUAGCAUUAGCAUAUUCCUGGAUGAAAAGCCAUGCAAUACUACUUGAGUUGGAAGAAGCCAAAUAGGAAGGAGUGAAGACUGAUUUGCAGCUCUAAUUACUCCAGCAGCUGUAGGCAUGUUUUGGAUUGACGAGUGACUUCACACUCCAGACCAAGAUCUGUGUCGAGACUUUAAAGUCUGGGUAUCAAAUAUACUGUAAUUCAGCAAGGUUUCAGCAGAAGUAAAGAAACUACCUGGCAGCAGUAGACCACUCUUAGGCACUAACGUAGCCUCGUGUCACUUGCUGGUGCAGGUAACGGAUGUUAGUUAGGCAGCAUCAUGUAACUAGUGAGCAGAAGAGAUCAAAUGCACCUCUUCCCAUAAAAGCCUGAAUUCUAACAUUUCAGCUUUUUAUAAAGCAAUGCUGCAGUCUUCAUUGACAAAAGAUGAAUUUUAAUUGGUGGAUUUUAUCAAAUGCUUAACAGACUUUUAAAUUUUGCGAUUCAGUUUAGAUGACAAUAUUGGGGUUUUACCAUGGCUGCAUCAAACUGUUGUAAUACGUUUCCUUAAGUUAAGUAAUUCAUCACUUGGGUAAGUUCAGCUUCAGUUCUGUAAGCAUUCUUUCCUCUGCCGUUCUACUCCCCCUGGAAUACAGCUAACAACUUCCUGAAGAAACAGACUAUCUGUUCACUAAAAGCCUUUGUGCAUUACCAGUUUAUUGAUAUCAGGAAAUCAUGGGGCUCUGUGUUUAGAGAUUACUGCAGAAGUGUGGAAAUAUGGAUUUGAUAAACUAGUGCCUAUGAUUUACUUAACUUAUGUUUGAUAUAGUAGUAAGGGUUUUAUGAAUGUGGAUUACUUUGUGUGCCAACAGCUCGGAAUUGUUGUAUGUAUGUAGGCAGAAAGACUUGUUCUGCUUCCAAAGUUAUUUAAUUUUUUUUUUGUGUUUGAAUGUUUUUGUAAGUGUUAAAAGUGUAAAAAUAUAUAUAUAAAAUAUUCUUACCACAGAAUA